AUGCACCUCCCACUUGAAGCUAUCCAGAUUGCUGAUAGCGGAUUUGUCCUAGCGUUCACUGAUGCAACCGUGUUCUUGGAACGAGGCAGCAGAGGGAUCGUUCCCUGUCCUCUCGCGAAAUCUCGCAAAAUCUCCCGAGAAAACGUUGACGCGAUGUACUGGCUCUAUGGCUCAAUAAGCAACACAGCCAUCCUCAUCUCGUACUUCAAGGGAAGAGUGGCUCCCCAAAACGGGAUCCAAGAGGGCGUCUAUGAUAUCGACAAUGAGUUCAAUCUCAUCAUUGAGAACGUCACUGCCUCCAAUGAGGGAACCUACUACUUUAAGCUGAAACCACACUUGAAAAUGAUACAAGAAGGAAAGGUUGAAGUUUGUGACAAGGUCUCCCCAAGUCGUUCAUAUCCUACCGUCAACGGCUGCAAUCAAGACCACGACACGGACACAUGCGAGAUGAGAGUACGACACGACAGCACGGUGCAUAACCUGACCUGCGUCACGGAGCAGGUUAAACCUGCUGUUGAACUGAGAUGGAUCCAUCUGUUUUUGGGCGGGAAGACGGAACUCAACGCCUCCACUUCAGUCUGGCGUGAAGUUCUACCCGCCUACACUGGGGCAUCGUUGCGGAACAACACCUUUUCGACUUCAGCAUCAGUCCAAGUGACAACAGUUAAUGGCGUUAAUGAAGUAUUCGAGUGUAAGGCAAUAGGGGCUGCUGUUGGUGAUAAAGGCGCACGCAUGAGAGUACGCGUUACCAAAGCUCAUCUUACCACAGUGUCUCAUGAGGAAGUUCAGUCCGACAAUCCAGGAACAACGCUUGUUUGGGCUGACAAAGGUACACCAACUGCCAACAAACCUGCUGAGAAUGCCGUUUAUGUGAAUGCGCUAGAGGUCGGGUUGAUAGUCGCAUUGAUCUUCAUUGCCAUUCUGUGCAUCCGCAUGGUAUAUUCAGAGAAGAAAUGUAUUAAAUGGAGUCCUGCAUGGGAGAGGAGGCCUGACGCACAAGUGAGAGCGGCUGACGAUGACCAGGAAAUGCAGCCAAUUAAACCAAAAGGGUCAAUUUCUGAAGUGUGA